UCCUUUAGGGGCGGCGCGGGCACUUUUGACUCCUGCAGGAAAGGUCCUUCCGGCGAAUCAGGAUUUGUCGGAGCGACAAGGGAGUGAAGAAAUGAACUGGAGGGUAAUGCUGACGCUGGAGAACUUGGCCCAGUUGCAUCGUGCUUGCAGACAGCUGCAUUCUCUGGCUUAUGGGAAAGUACACCGAGCACAGUGGAAGCCUGUCCUGUCAUCUGCCUACCCCAUGUGCCCAGUUCAGCUGUGCCCUCUGCUCUGGCAGCCAGACACCAACUCACAAUUGAGGCUUUUAACUACUAAGGAGAGGAAGAAAUCUGGCAAGGAGAAAUUGCGAGCCAUACAGUCGAAACCAGAGAAGCAGGAGGUUGAGAUAAAGUCCAGCAUGACUGUGGAAGACCUUGCAAAAGCUAUGCAUAAAGACGUAGAUCAUAUAUAUGAAGCCCUGCUAAACACAGACAUUGAUUUAGACUCACUUGAACCAGAUUCGGUCUUAGAUGAAAUGAGGAUCAGGGACGUUGUUAAAAAAUCGGGCAUGAAAUACAAAUGGGCCAAGUUGAAAGAAGAAAAAAUAAAAGAGAACAAAGAUGCUGUUAGGAGGCCUCCUGCAGAUCCAGCUUUCUUAACCUCCAGGCCUCCGGUUGUUACCAUACUGGGCCAUGUUGACCAUGGAAAAACCACGUUACUUGACAGCCUGCGAAAAACUCAAGUGGCAGCAAUGGAGGCAGGAGGCAUCACCCAGCAUAUCGGUGCCUUCCUUGUGGAUUUGCCUUCUGGAGAAAAGAUAACGUUUCUUGAUACUCCUGGCCAUGCUGCUUUUUCAGCCAUGAGGGCGAGAGGUACAAAUGUCACGGAUAUUGUUAUAUUGGUGAUAGCCGCAGAAGAUGGUGUGAUGAGGCAGACUCUGGAAUCUAUUCAACAUGCUAAGAAUGCCAAAGUUCCAAUUAUUGUUGCCAUCAACAAAUGCGACAAGCCUGAAGCUGAUCCCGACAGGAUAAAGAAAGAACUUCUGGCUCACGAUGUGGUUUGCGAAGAGUACGGAGGAGACGUCCAGGCUGUCCAUAUCUCCGCUCUAAAGGGUGACAACUUGAUGGCUUUAGCAGAGGCAACUGUCACUCUUGCUGAGGUGUUGGAACUGAAGGCAGACUGCAAAGGCCUGGUCGAAGGUACCAUAGUGGAGUCUCGCACAGAUAAAGGGAAAGGUCCAGUGACCACUGCCAUCAUCCAAAGAGGUACUCUGAGAAAGGGAUGUAUUCUGGUUGCUGGAAAAAGCUGGGCCAAAGUGCGCCUGAUGUUCGAUGAGAAUGGCAAGGCCAUGGAAACUGCUUCUCCGAGCAGGCCGGUGGAGAUUGUAGGGUGGAAGGAGAUCCCGUCAGCAGGAGAGGAAAUCCUUGAAGUAGAGUCUGAGCAAAGGGCUCAUGAAGUUAUCGAGUGGAGAACCUACGUCGAACAGCAAGAGAAAGGGAAGAAGGAUCUAGACGUCAUAGAAGCAAAGCAGAAGGCGCACAAGGAUGCCUACAAGAAGGAGCAAGAGGGGCUGACCAACAUGACCUGGAGACAGAGAAGGGCGGCCUUGUUCAGAGCCAAAAGGCACCUCAUGGUGAUGCGGCCGAAAGAGAAAACUGAAAGCGACAAAAACAUGCUGCCUAUCAUUAUUAAAGGUGAUGUUGAUGGCUCUGUGGAAGCCAUUUUGAAUAUCCUGGACACCUAUGAUGCCGAUGAGGAAUGUGAAUUAGACGUGAUCCAUUGUGGGGUUGGAGAUAUUAGUGAAAAUGACAUAAAUCUUGCGGAAACAUUUAAAGGUGUUAUAUAUGGAUUCAAUGUGAAUGCAAGUAAAUCCAUUCAGCAGCUGGCUACUAAGAAGGGAAUAAAGGUGAAAAUGCACAACAUUAUCUACCGGCUUGUUGAAGACUUGCAGGACGAGCUGAGCAGCAGUUUACCCUGUGUCGUGGAGGAGCAUGUAUUAGGGGAAGCUGCUGUUUUAGCAACCUUUGAAAUCACAGAAGGCAAAAGUAAAGUUCCAGUAGCUGGCUGCAGAGUACAGAAGGGGCAGUUAGACAGGAAGAUGAAGUUUAAACUAAUUCGUAAUGGAGAAGUUAUUUGGACAGGAUGCUUAUCAUCACUGAAGCACCAUAAGGAUGAUGUCCCCAUAAUCAAGACCGGCAUGGAUUGUGGACUUAGUUUGGAUAAGAACAUAGAGUUUAAAGUUAGAGAUGAGAUUAUUUGUUUCAGCGAAAAGGAAAUUGAGCAGAAGACUUCUUGGGACCCAGGAUUUUAAAUCUUAAAACAACCUAAGAUGUGAUGGACUGGAAAUGUAGAGUUUAACCUUAAUUAUGGCUAAUCUUCAGUGUCAUAAGAAUAGAGCCUUUUGGGAAGCAGCUUCCAUUGUAAAUAGGAACGGGGGUGUCAUUUUUUAAUUAGUGUUGUACCUAACACACAACUUCAAUGAAAAAACCUGUGGAAGAUACAAUCAUUAUGGUGGUAGGGUGAAAUAAUACUGGGACAUACUCGAACAGCCACUUGGAUUCAUGUAUUGUGACAGGAGUACUGAAUUUAAAUACCCUGAAACAAGUGCUUAAUAAAGGGUAAGCCAAAAUAAAACAAUUUUGUUGAGUA